ACUCCCCAAAUUUCGACUUUGACUGCACUCUUUUUAUCUCUCUGUAACCUUUUCGAGUUCUUUGUGUGUCUGUGUUUUCGAUCUGGGUCUUGAGUUUGAGGAUUGAGCAGUUUGAGGUUGUCUUGUUUCAUUGCUGGAACUGGGUUCUUUUCUCCUUUAAUAUCUCUGAUUGUUGAAUUGAUUGCGGUGUGUGUAACAGCCGUGGCGAUCGGAUUGUGGUCAAGAGAACAGCAUGCGGUGGUGGCUGACUCUUUCUGUUGAUGUGUUUCGAAAAGUCAUCUCUUUGAACCUCUAUUGUAGAGUUAUUCUGUAACUUCAUCUUCAAAUCCAGACCCUUGAUUUUCUCAGUUUUGUUUCUUCUCUAGUUUCCAUGGGAUCCUCUUUUUUUGUCAUCGUCCCCUGUUAUGUACGCCAGAUUAGCUGAAUAUUAGCAAAACCGCUUCCUAAAAUUAUUUUCGUUUAGCUCUUAUUUCCUUCGCUUGUAGUGUUGUAUUUGGUGCCGGGUUGUGUUUUAUUGGUCUAUUGAUCUCUCUAGUUAGAUAUUUUCAGUAUUCCUGUAUCGGUGGAUAAUUUUGCUUACUUUUCUUUGGGAAUCAUCGUGGUUUGCCGAUUACUGUUGUUGAAGUUUUUCCUGUGGAAGAUUGUAUUUAUUGUAUAUUGAAGGGUUGGGAAGUAGUUAUGGUGUGCCAAGCAGCUAGCCAAACAAGAUUUCGGGCAUUGAAAUACGAACAUGGGAUUGCAGGGAGGGCCACUAUAAUAGUUAGAAUCAUAGCAUGCUUUCAACCACUCAAGUUUUGCCAGGCUGAAUAUUUCCGUCAUUUGCUUAAACCUGUCACGUAGAUUAGUUUUGCACUUUUCGUUUUCAAGUUAAGCUGGAAUUUUUAUUUUUUCGAUUAUUAUUGAGAGACACAGCAAGUAACAGCAAUUCCUAAUACGGACAUCCUUCUUUUGGUGAUUGUUUUGGUUGGAUGGGAGAAGACUGUGGAUCCUGGUUUCCUCAGCAGCAAUUUGGUUGGCGAUUGCCCGAUUUGACUUAUUCGAGUGCUCCAGUUGGUUUGGGGCUACAAAGUUCCAUUCCUACAAUCAUGAACCAUGGCUCUAAUAUGGUUUUGACAAAUGGAACAAUGCCUAUUAACAUGUAUCCUGAGCUACCUCACUCGCAGGUUGUCCAAGCUAAUGAACCUCAUGGUUGGUUUUAUUGUUUGCCCCACGUUCGACAGGCCUGUAUGCCUGCUUCAAACCCUGUUUUGAAAGAGCAACUACCUGCUUGCCCUCAUGAGAAUAGUGGGGAGGCUAUCAAACCGAAGGCAGGGUUUGGGUGUUCGCACAAGAGAUUUCUUGUUUUUGAUCAAUCGGGGGACCGAACAACCAUGAUACUGAGUUCUGGGAUUGGGACUCCUGUUCAGUGCCUGACUUCUUGGGGUCCAAGACAAGUUGAUGCUUAUAAUGUGAGUGGGGAUGAUCCCAGAGGGAAAGGAGAUGCAAAUCUUCAAGCUGGACCAAAUUCAUUUGAUGAAUUGGAUGAGACUAAGGGGACUGAUAUGCAUAGUGAAAUGCAUGAGGACACUGAAGAACUCAAUGCAUUGCUGUACUCUGAUGAUGAUAGUGAUCAAAGUGAUGAUGAUGAAGUCACUAGCACAGAUCAUUCUCCUAGUACAAUGACAGCUCACGAGAAGCAAGAUUGGUUUGAGGGAAGCACAGAAGAGGUUGCUAGCUCGGCUGGACCUACCAAAAAGCGGAAACUUUUUUGUGGAGAUUAUUAUGAUGUACCCUGGCCAAUGGUCACUGGCAAUUCUAUGAAAUUUAGCUCACACCUUGAGACCGAGGAUGAUGCGGAAUCCAGUUCUGGCAAGAAUCCAUGGUCUGGUGAAGUGGGCUCUUUAUCAGGCGACCAUAGGAUUAGAAAGGAUAAAAUACGAGAGACAGUCAGUGUUCUCCGAAGCAUACUUCCUGAUGGAACGGGCAAGGAUGCAAUGGUAGUUCUCGAUGAAGCCAUUGAUUACUUGAAAUCCUUGAAGCUCAAAGCCAAAGCUUUUGGACUGGACAAUCUAUGAAUUGUUAAGUUUUGCUGUUAGGUUUAGUAUAGUACUUGUCAUUAUCAAUUCUCUUAGAUUAGAAGUUGCUAUUGGAGUGUCCAGAAUAAGGUAAUGGUACAUAUUAGAUGAGCUUUGAUUUGCCGAGGAUGUGGAAUUUUCAGCAAAGGAGGAAUUUGGAAGUAAUGGUAAUUAAAGCUUGAAUUUUACCUCUUGAUGAAGUCGGAAAUUAGAUGGUAAUAUUUCUGUCUCUAGUCUCUGGAGAGCGGUUAUAUUACCUUGAACUUGAAAUAAAGGGAAAUGAAUGAUUAGACUGUGUCUUAGGGUUCAGAGAAAGUAACUCUCACACCUGGCUUGAGCGUGGGGGUUGGCUAGCUGUGUGAAUGAGAAGACUAGUUAUUGCAGCGGGACCCCAAGAAAGAGGACGAGUGCACGCCCCUUAAGUGUUUUGGGGCCCAACUUUCACUUUCUCCUGCCUUUUGUGUUUAAUAGCCCUUGAUGUAAAUUCUUUGAAAGAGCCAAGGGCCGGCCGGCCAGCCUUCUCUAUUUUUAUCAUGCAACUUGUGAAAAGGGACCCAAAUCACCAUUAAACACAUGUUCAAUUGGUCCAGCCAUUGUUGUCGCGUGCCACUCUUAAAACUGUAACAAAACUCUUGUUUGGUAUGAUGGGCUAGGGCUAAAUUUCCCUUUUUGUGCAUGUUAUUGUAAUUUGAUGGAGGAAAGACUUAUAUGUACGUUUGCUUGCUGUUAUCAUGUUUUUAUUUUAUUUAUUAUUAGUAGUUGUGCGUGAUGAUAUAUUUUGGUUGGA